CUCAUUUUUAAUCCUGGGACUGAGCAAACUGUCCCUAAGGGACUGGCCCCUAUUCUCUCCUGAGACAGGAGUAAAUGAUUUGCUUUGGGAGUCAGAUCCCACUGCCCAGAUGCACUAGUCCAGAUGAGCCCUUGCUGAGCUUCCCUUUGCAUCUUGUCUACUUUUGCUGAAUCAAGAUUCGGCCCAUGCCCUCCUUGCAGCCUCCUGGGACAAGCAGGAGGAAAAGAUGGGGGAGACAAGCCUGAGAAAACGGAGAGAGGAUGAGAAGUCAAUCCAGAGUAACGAACCCAAGACUACAAGUCUCCAGAAAGAGGUGGGCCUGGUCAGUGGCAUCUGUAUCAUCGUGGGCACCAUCAUCGGUUCUGGGAUCUUCAUCUCCCCCAAGUCUGUGCUCAGCAACACGGAAACUGUGGGACCCUGUCUCAUCAUAUGGGCAGCCUGUGGGAUCCUCGCAACACUGGGUGCUCUGUGCUUUGCAGAACUUGGCACGAUGAUCACCAAGUCGGGGGGCGAGUACCCCUACCUGAUGGAGGCCUUUGGCCCCAUUCCUGCCUACCUCUUCUCCUGGACCAGCCUGAUCGUCAUGAAGCCUUCGUCCUUUGCCAUCAUCUGCCUCAGCUUCUCUGAGUAUGUGUGUGCGCCCUUCUACUCAGGCUGCAAGCCUCCUGUAACUGUCGUUAAGUGCCUGGCCGCAGCUGCGAUCUUGUUCAUCACGACAGUGAAUGCCCUGAGCGUGCGACUCGGCAGCUAUGUGCAGAAUUUCUUCACGGCAGCCAAGCUGGUGAUCGUGGCCAUCAUCAUCAUCAGUGGACUUGUCCUCCUGGCUCAAGGAAAUACAAAGAAUUUUGAAAAUUCUUUCGAGGGCACGAAAGUAUCUGUGGGAAGCAUCACUCUGGCAUUUUACAAUGGACUCUGGGCGUAUGACGGCUGGAAUCAACUCAAUUAUAUCACAGAAGAACUUAGAAACCCUUUCAGAAACCUGCCCCUGGCUAUUGUCAUUGGGAUCCCUCUGGUGACAGUGUGCUACAUCCUCAUGAACAUUGCCUACUUCACUGUGAUGACCCCAACGGAACUCCUGCAGUCCCAGGCGGUGGCCGUGACAUUUGGUGACCGCGUUCUCUACCCCGCCGCGUGGGUCGUUCCGCUUUUUGUGGCGUUUUCGACCAUCGGCGCUGCGAAUGGGACCUGUUUUACAGCGGGCAGACUCAUUUACGUUGCGGGCCGGGAAGGCCACAUGCUUAAAGUGCUCUCCUACAUCAGCGUCAGGCGCCUCACUCCUGCCCCCGCCAUCAUCUUCUAUGGUAUCAUAGCAACCAUUUAUAUCAUCCCUGGUGACAUAAAUUCCUUAGUUAAUUAUUUCAGUUUUGCUGCGUGGCUGUUUUAUGGGAUGACGAUUCUAGGACUCAUUGUGAUGAGGUUCACAAGAAAAGACUUGGAAAGACCUAUCAAGGUGCCCAUUUUCAUCCCCAUCUUGGUGACUCUCAUAGCUGUGUUUUUGGUUCUGGCCCCAAUCAUCAGUAAGCCUGCAUGGGAGUAUCUCUACUGUGUGGUGUUCAUACUGAGCGGCCUUAUAUUUUACUUCCUUUUUGUCUACUACAAGUUUGGAUGGGCUCAGAAAAUCUCAAAGCCAGUGACCAUGUACCUUCAGAUGCUGAUGGAAGUCGUCCCACCAGAGAAAGAACUUGAGUAACAGUUCAUUGCUUGUAACCCUGUCAAAGCUGUGAUCAAUUUAUUUUUAUGAGAAAAAAGUGAGAGCCAGAAUCCUGCUCAUGGGACAGCUUGAUGAGAGACUUUACCCUCAGUUCAAGCAGUGGCUUAUAUCCAGGAUGUACAUGAGAUUGCGCAUCUGUGCGUCUGGGGUUAAAAAAGAAUAAAGCUCUUGAAGGCAGUCACUCGAGAGUGAUGUUAUAUCAGUGUUCUUUUCCACUUCUUGGGAAGCCAAUAAACUAAUAUUGGGAUAGGGCUUUAAACUUCUCAACAGCUCACCUUCCCAGCUUUUUGAAUAAACAAAGCAUGCAGGGUAUCCUACAUCUAUGCCUCUGGGCAUCCUACAUUUAAGUGGCAGUGACUAUACAUACUCCUCCUAAGAACCUGGUGACCCCAGGUGCCACAACCUUUCCCAGGGAUGAAAUCAUGCAAGUAUUCAGGGCUCACCUCAUUCAGGUGUUCUCAUAGUUACUCCCAGGCACUGUGCACAUCCCUUUUAAGUGUCCAAAAAAAGAAAACUUUGUCCCAUUUGCCCAGGACUCUGCAAGCCCAGGGGGCAAUUUAGAACCAGAAG